AUGGAUCACUUUUCAUUUAAUUUGGGAAAGCCUCGUCAUGAAAUGACUGAUCGACGCAAUAUCUUUCAAGUUGACAUAAAGCCUAGAAGCGAAAGUUCAACAGAUCCGAUCACGAGAACUCAACGACCCAUUGUAACGGGUACGUCAGUGAUUGCUCUUAAAUACCAGGAUGGUGUAAUGUUAGCCGCAGAUAAUUUAGCAUCCUAUGGUUCCCUUGCUCGCUUUAAGGAUGUCGAGCGUCUUUAUCCUGUUGGUGAAUUCACGGUAAUUGGUGCAUCAGGUGAUAUUUCUGACUUCCAGUAUACGAAACAUCUUUUGGAUGCCGAAAUGGUUAAAGAAUAUUACAUAAAUGAUGGCCAUGUUCUUGGUGCACCACAUAUAUAUGAAUAUUUAAGUCGUGUUAUGUACAAUAGACGGUCUCAAAUAAACCCUCUUUGGAAUGCCUAUGUUGUUGGUGGAUAUCACAAUGGAGAAGGAUUUCUCGGAUAUGUUGAUCUACUAGGAACAACGUAUAAAUCUUCUAGUAUUGCUACUGGUUUUGGUGCUUAUUUAGCUCAACCCAUUCUUCGAAAGGUUGUUGAAGGUCAUGAAAAUACUCUUUCAGAAGAAGAAGCCAUAAAUGCUAUUGAAACGUGUAUGAAGGUCUUGUUCUAUAGAGAUGCAAGAAGUCUUAAUAAGUUUCAACGUGCCAAAAUUACAGCUCAAGGUGUCGAGAUUACACAGCCUUAUUCAGUGGACACUGAGUGGUCAUUUGCCGAGGGACAAUAA